UUUUGGGCACGUGUGUCGUCACAAGGGAGCGGCGGAAGGGGUUCUGCUGUUGGCCUGUGUCCUGUCCAGCGGCGAUAGUUGGAGCGUCAUGGCGAUCUUCACGCCGACUAACCAGAUUCGCUUGACCAAUGUGGCCGUCGUGCGGAUCCGACGGGCGGGGAAGCGUUUUGAGAUUGCCUGUUACCGGAACAAAGUCAUGGGCUGGCGGAGCGGCGCUGAAAAGGACCUUGAUGAAGUAUUGCAGACAGACACAGUGUUUGUGAAUGUCUCCAAAGGUCAAGUGGCAAAGAAGGAAGACCUCGUCAAAGCAUUUGGCACAGAUGAUCAGACAGAAAUCUGCAAAACAAUCUUAGCCAAAGGGGAAUUGCAGGUCUCUGAUAAAGAACGCCACACUCAGCUGGAGCAGAUGUUUCGUGACAUUGCAACCAUUGUUGCAGACAAAUGCGUCAAUCCAGAAACCAAGAGACCCUACACAGUCAUCCUUAUUGAAAGAGCUAUGAAGGAUAUACAUUAUUCAGUCAAGCCUGGGAAAAGUACCAAGCAGCAGGCUUUGGAAGUCAUCAAGCAGCUGAAGGAAACUAUGCAGAUUGAGCGGGCACACAUGAGGCUACGCUUCCUCCUGCCUCGGAAAGAAGGCAAGAGAUUGAAAGAGAAGUUGAAGCCACUGAUCAAAGUAAUCGAAAGUGAGAAUUUUGAUGAACAGCUGGAAAUUGUGUGCCUUGUGGAUCCAGGCUGCUUCCGGGAGAUCGAUGAAUUGAUCAGGUGUGAAACCAAAGGCAAAGGAACCCUUGAAGUGCUCAGCCUGAAAGAUGUUGAAGAAGGUGAUGAACGCCUGGAAUGAUUGGGUGCCUGUGGUGUUGCUGUGCAAAGACUGUAUUAAAAGGCAUCCUAGAGUUGCCUCAUUGAGGAUUGACCUUUGCUCUUUUCCAUUUGAGGUUUUAUAUAGUUAUUAGUCCUCUGCUCCUUCCCCAAACUUCGAUGGUUGGUAUCAGCUAAAGGAACCUUAUAAACCCACUUAGCCCUUAGAUUAUCUGAUAACAACAAAGGGAUUUUACACUGUUUACUCACUCCUGUGUUGAUUGUUUUGAGUGUAACUGCAAAGUGACAAUUUUGUGUUAAGUGCCAAAAUGCCUCUUCUUAAAAGCAGAAGGCUUCAAGGAAGGAAUUGACUGCAGAAUUAACAUCAUGAGUUAAUAACUCAGGUUUCCUCAAAACAAGCACAGUCAACGAGUCUGGAUUUACCAGCAGGAUUUGUAAACUAUGAGAUAGACAGCCAUUGGUCGCUUUGAAGGAAGUGACUGAACAAUAAUAAUAUUGUCCUAAUUAUACAAUAGCUCAAUUCUGUGGGUGGUGAUUUACAGACCAUCAAAAGAGUUUAGCGGCCAUCUUUCCAGAGUCAGUCUUGGAAUUUAUUGAGUUUGAUCCCAGUCUUUAUUCCAGGCGAAAUUGUAAAAAUACUGACUUGACACUGAAACCAGAAGUUGUUCAGAAAUUUUAUUUUGGAAAAAAAAUACAAUAACUUAAUUUAGAAAACAUUUGUUAUAACUAGACAAAAGAACAGAGAUCACUUCAUUGUCAAUACAAAACUCUGAAGUGAGCUUGAUUUCUUAUGAGUAAACUAAUAGGGCUGCUGUCAAAAAGAACAAAAUAUGCCUUGCCUGAUAUUUGUCAUUUUCUUACAAUCCUUGGAGUUCCUAGUGCAAACUGUAAGGGGGCUCUUUGAGGAAAACUGCACUUUUUACUUCCUCAGACACUUUAAAGUUCUCAUAUAUAUUAUAAAUAUUGAUGUACAACAUCACAAUAAUUUCUAUUAUAGAAUGUCAAAUUUAAAUUCGGAAAUCCUUAGAUUUUUAAAACAAGUUCUCUAAUGAAUAAUUUAAACCAACUACAGUCUAUAAGCUGUCAUUAAUAUGCCAAGGAAGAUACCAAAGCAUAGGUGAGGGGAUGUUUCCAUGAUGCCUAUCCUCGACUUUUUUUUUAACAAGCACCUUUCAGCUAUCAUCCUAAUCUCUUGCCCACAAAGCUCAGUAGUGUUAGUGAUUUAAUUUUUCAACUAUAUGACUAACAAGAACUCCAAGGUGUUCUACUCACAAAGUUUGUCCGUAUAUGAAUAAAAUUUAUUGCUUCCUCUU